AUGACCACAACCGGCGAAUUCCGCUACCUCGAUCCGGCCUCCCUCGCCAGCGGCACCAAACCCUGGACCAAAGUCGACGGCGCCCACGCCUCCUUCACCCUGCGUGGCGAGCCCCGCACCGUGACCAACGUCCGCGACCACCUGCAACCCAACUCCCCGCCCGGCCACCUCGGCAGCGACAUCGACGUCGCCGGCUUCGCCGUCUACCACGCCCCGGCCCAAGAAAAAACCUUCACCUCCGACGCGGCCGUCCGCGGCGGCUACUACGCCGAGGUCGAGGCCCUCCUGCGCGCCAAGCUCCCCGGCCGCAUCGCGCGCGUCGAGAUCUUCGACCACACCAUCCGCAAGCGUGACCCCACCGCCCCGCGCCAGCCCGUGCAGCAGGUCCACGUCGACCAGACCCCCGCGGCGGCCGAGGCCCGCGUGCGGCGCCACGUGACGGAUCUCCCGCCCGACGAGGUGGAUGCGCUGCUGCGCCGGCGGUAUCAGCUGAUUAAUGUGUGGCGGCCGAUCGGGCAUCCGGCGACGGAUUUCCCGCUGGCGGUGGUGGAUUGGCGCACGACCAGGCCCGAGGAGCUGGUGCCGGUGGAUUUGUUGUAUCCGUUGCAUCAUCGGGAGGGCGGGGAUGAUGAUGAUCGCGGGAAGGAGAGGUUGCCGGAUUUGACGAAUAAGGAGAGUACGGAGGGCUAUGAGGUCAAGGGGGAGACGUAUGGUGUGUUGCCGGGGGAGGGGCAUCGGUUGUAUUACGUCAAGGAUAUGACGCCGGAUGAGGCGAUGUUUAUCAAGUGUUUUGAUAGUUGGGGGGAGGGGAAACCUGGUGGGAAGAAGGGUGUCGCGGCGCUUACGCCGCAUACGGCGUUUGUGGAUCCGGCGACGCCUGAGGGAACCAAGGGAAGGGAGAGUAUUGAGGUGAGGUGUUUGGUGUUUUACGAGGAGUGA